CUACCUAUUGAACUUUGAAUCCUGGCAAGUGGCAACUUCAUUGCUGCUUGAUAGUGCUUCCUGCUGGUAAUCUUUUUGGCAUAUGGCAUUGACAGUUCACAGUAGAUUAUGGAUAAAAAACUGUAUACAAAUUUCUCUAAUUAGACAUUAGUCAGUAGUCACUAAUCACUAUGUGAGCAUAUAUAUAUAAAAGAUACAAUUGUUACGCCUUAUGUCAGUUAUGUGUAUUUUGCCCCUCACAUAAUAUUGAAAAGAAUGAAUCCUAGUGGCUUCUAUAGUAAAACUGAAGACACACUUGCUUCAACAAGAAACAUUCUUGUCAAAGUGCAUCAGAGAAGAGCCAAGAAGCAUUUGAAAGUUCUGACUGCAGCCAUGCCAUCGACCCUCAGAGCCCAGCGCAGUGCUCAUCCUAAAACCUCACCAAUCAGUCAUGGCAUCAAGAAGAAGAAGUUUCCAAGUGGCAAGAGUAAUGAAAAAACAAGGAAAAACCAACUUGAUGAAAUUAAAGUGAAGCUUGAAAUGGAAGAAGAGGAAACAAAAAUGGCUGCUAGAAGUUACUUGGACAUGUCAAGUAGUACUACUUCUAUUUCAUCUUCAACAACAGACCUUUCGACUACUCCACCCACACCUUCAAACAUGUCUGAAUAUGAGCUGAAGAUUCAGCAAAACAUUCAGAAGAGAUUAGAGAUAUUGUCAUCUCUAAAAUUGGAGGAAGCUAAGGAAAAUCUUUUUGAAUUGUUGCCUUCCUCAAAGCUGUCUGCUACUGUCUCAGAGAGGGGAUUAUCUAGGAUGAAGAGAAAAAGAUCACCAAGGCCUGUUGUGUGCAGGAGCCCAGUAGUUCAACGGAGGAGCCAACGCCUACUGCAAAAGCCCCCAGAUACUCCCCCGAAGGAUUACAUUAUUCCUACAGCGUCUGAUCUGCAAGACCACAGAGAGCGUCCUGCUGCAGGGGAGAAGAUCAUCCACUAUCUCAAUGAAAAACUAAACGAAAAUGAGUGCUCUGAAAUGCUUGCAUAUUGCCAGAGUGUGACAGAAGUUCCAUCCUCGUCUCCAAACUGGAUUGGUUCAUUGCAAGAAGUGCUGCAUAAUGUGAAGCAGCUGGUCGUCACACAAGACACCGUUGCCAAAGUUGUCCCUAAGAGAAUCACUUGCAUGGCGCUCCACCCCAGCAACUCUGAUGAUAUUUUAUUCGUUGGAGAUAAAGAAGGAUAUCUGGGUAUUUGGCUGGUGGACCGGAGCGACUCGACAGACGGCGCCUGGUCCUUCCGUAUCCACGGUAGCGGCAUCCCAUGCAUGUCCGUGGACUCCUUCAGCAGCGGUCGCGUCAUCACCACGUCUUAUGACGGCUCUACGCGCGCAACUGACCUCCAGCGACUCGUUGUUGACGAUGUGUACAGCCGGCCACAAGAGCGCAGGCAAGACUACUUGACGUGGCAUAGCCAAGUGGACGCCAACCUCCUCUUAGUGAGCGCCGGCACUGGGGACGUAACAUUCGUGGACAUGCGGGAAGCUCCGUCAUCAGCCAAGUCCAAUAAGCUGGACCCCAUGAGCAAAAGCAUCAAGGUUGUCGCCGCCCACCCUACGGCCACGCAGUAUUCCGUUACUUCAAAUAAUAUGGGAGAAGUCAAGUUGUGGGACCACCGCAAGUUGAACCACAAAUCAGCCGUGUGCUGCUUUAAACAUCCGAGAUCAGCUUCAUCGAUUCGCUUCUCACCAAAUACAGGAAAUACGUUAUUAACCACGUGCCAUGAUGACAAAAUCCGGUUAAUUCAGUUGGAAAACUUUUCUGCUUUUAAAGAGGAGUGGUCAGUGGAGCACAACAAUCAAACUGGUCGCUGGCUGACGACGCACAAGGCCGAUUUCAUGCCUGGGCGGGAAGACAGCUUCGUCGUGGGCUCGCUCAAUCCCGAGAGAAUAAUAGAAGUGUGGAGAACUGGAGGCAGCUCUCCAGUAGUGGCUCUGAAGGGCGACGCGAUGACGACCUUCUCGAGCACCGUGUGCUGCCACCCCUCGCGGUUUGUUGUUGCAGGUGGCAACAGCUCGGGAAAGUGUCAUGUGUUUCGAUGAUUGAGAUUAAAUUGCUCUAACUUCUUUUUAUACAGUCGAUGUUGAAUGAUGGACGUAUUCAUCUAUAAACACUAUUUUUGAAUGGAAAAGUUAUCUUUUCCUUGAUUUAUGGAUAUGCCAUGACGCCUUACUUCAGCCACCAGAGUUCAGUUAACCUAAGAUAUUGAUCGCUCCACAAAAUAAUCGCGCUCGAUCAUAGAACAAGAUUUUUUAUUGGAUGUCUCGAUUAAAACAAAUUUUGCUACGGUGACUCGAAGCUCUAUCUCCUGCAGAGUAUUUGUAGAACAAUAUUUUUCAUUGACCUACGUGUCUUUUAUGUUAACGCAACGUACUACUAAGCUAUGGUUUCAUAAAUGAAAAUGUACAGUAAACCGUCUCAAUGAGGACUCUUAGACAGAUGAUGCCAUCCUGUCCAUGUUUGAACAGUUUUUGUUAUACAACUUACUUGUAGAAAUUUGUGAGUUUGCAAUUGUGAAUGAAUACUUCGAGGAAAAAAUUAUUAUUCUUAGUGUUGAGCUCGGAACAAAUGAAUUUUUUUGCAAUCGUUGUGCUUAUAAGUAUCAUCGGAUAUUCUUAUUUUAGAAAAUCGUCCAUUACAACACUUCCUGAAUUUAUCAAAUGUGUGUAUGUAUUGUUAUGUAGGAUUGAAAAUGAGAUAGGCUCAAUUUACCGUUUUGACAACCUACAAUACUUUCCCUGCGCCACAAUAUGCUGUUUCCUCUCACCUAGUUGAGACAGAUUAAUCUGAAUUCCGUAUUUAUUCAUACAUUCGAUGAGACAAUUUGGUUUUCUGAAAGUUACAAAUCCGUUUGUCUAGUUUUUAAUUGAUUGAAAUUAAUUUCAUUCUCCACAAUAAGACUCUUAUUAUGAAGCUCUGCGUUUCGUGAUCGCUUAGUACCCCAGCUGCUGAUUUGAAAUAGUUCUUUUAUGUUAUACGGUACAAACUUUAACACAAAAGUGAAUAAAAUCAUGAAAAAAGAC